AUGGGCUCCAUCGGUGCAGCAAGCACGGAGUUUUGUUUUGAUGUAUUCAAGGAGCUGAAAGUCCAGCAUGUCAAUGAGAACAUCUUCUACUCCCCCCUGAGCAUCAUUUCAGCUCUGUCCAUGGUCUACUUGGGUGCAAGAGAAAACACCAGGGCUCAGAUAGAUAAGGUUGUUCACUUUGAUAAAAUCGCAGGAUUUGGAGAGUCCUCUGAAUCUCAGUGCGGCACAUCUGUAAGCGCCCACACCUCACUUAAAGACAUGUCCAACCAAAUCACCAAACUAAGUGACAAUUAUUCACUCAGCUUUGCCAGUAGACUUUACGCUGAAGAGACGUACCCAAUCCUACCGGAAUACUCACAAUGCGUGAAGGAACUGUAUAAAGGAGGCUUGGAAAGUAUCAGCUUUCAAACAGCUGCAUAUCAAGCCAGAGAGCUCAUCAAUGCCUGGGUUGAAAGUCAGACAAAUGGAAUGAUCAAAGAUAUCCUUCAACCGGGCUCUGUGGAUUCCCAGACUAAAAUGGUCCUUGUCAAUGCCAUUUACUUCAAAGGAAUUUGGGAGAAAGCAUUCAAGGAUGAAGACACCCAGGAAGUGCCUUUCAGAAUGACUGAGCAAGAAACCAAACCUGUGCAGAUGAUGUAUCAGAUUGGUUCAUUUAAAGUGGCAGUGAUAGCCGCUGAGAAAAUUAAGAUCUUGGAGCUUCCAUACGCCAGUGGACAGCUGAGCAUGUUGGUCAUUUUGCCCGAUGACGUCUCUGGCCUGGAGCAGCUUGAGACGGCAAUUACCUUUGAAAAACUCACGGAGUGGACCAGUGCUAGUGUAAUGGAAGAGAGGAAAAUUAAAGUGUAUCUCCCUCGCAUGAGCAUUGAGGAAAAAUAUAACCUGACAUCUGUCUUAAUAGCCUUGGGUGUGACCGACCUGUUCAGUUCAUCAGCCAACCUGUCUGGCAUCUCGUCAGCAGAGAGCCUGAGGAUGUCUGAGGCCAUCCACGAGGCGUUUGUGGAAAUCUAUGAAGCAGGCUCAACAGAAUCUGGGACAGAGGUUACAAGUGCCUCUGAAGAAUUUAGGGUUGACCACCCUUUCCUAUUCUUGAUCAAGCACAAACCAACCAACAGCAUCCUCUUCUUUGGCAGAUGCUUUUCCCCUUAAAGAGAGGAAAGCUGAAAGAAUUUCUGUCCCUCACA